AUGGCCCGGCACUCGACGGCUGCGUUGACCCACGGGCAACUUCGUCCCGAUGUAGCCAAGUUAUUGAAUUUUUUAUUGCACCAAAUACACUAUUCUGUCAUUCAUUCGAUGAUCAUGACUGACCGCUCAAAUAUUACAAAGUGUACCUCAUGUGCAACUCAGAAGUAG